AGUAUAUUUUAUUUAUUCUUUCAAAUUUUCGAUCUAACUAAACAAAUUAAAUAAACCCACUUUAAUUAAUUUAACCCACAAACUCAACCUCACCCAACCUAUUGAAAUGAAAUUAAUAUGCUACCAAAUGCCGUUUGAAAUCAACCAUGAAAUUAAUAAUCAACAAAAUGUUAAUUAGUGUUUUACAGUGGGCUCACUAAGCAAUUCUUCGAUAGUUAACAAUGAGUUGAACGAGUUAAAAGUAUAAAUAGGUGAUGAAUUUGGGUCAAUUAUGUCUAUGAAUUAUGCGUUUGGUUUCUCACUAAUUCUAUUAAUACUUGUUGCUCUCAAUAUCUAUUUCUUUUACACAUUGAAUACUGUUGGAAAAAGAGGACCUGUAUAUCUGUAUGAACCAGACCUCAAACCAAAUGUCUAUAGAGAAAUAUACGAGUACCUCAAUUACUUGCCUGAUCAAUACAAAAGUAGAAAUAUCAAAUUUAUACCUAUACAAAAACAAUUAAUACAGACAUUCAAUUCUUCAAGUCCACAUAACACAAAGGAUGUGUGGCAAUAUGCAGAUAAUUGGAUAAGUGAAGAGUCUCUGUUUCCACAAUACAAUGGAACCCUUGGGAAGAUACUGUACAAUAUGAGAACAGCAAAGAUAUCCCGAGUUGAAAUUGCCCCAAAAGGAUCACAAUUGAAAUUGUCUUUGAUACUUGAGGGAAAAUACAAAAUGUACUUUAAACCAAAGAGAUAUGAGCUGACUCAUAUCGUAACUGGUGAUAUUUAUGGAGGCUACGACAGGCACAAUUCCGAGGUGUUCGCGUAUUAUCUGGCCAUGGUGAUGAAUUUCAAAUGGAUUGCUCCCUGUGUCAUAAGAAAACUUCAUGUCGCCAAUGAUGUGGUUCCUGUUGCAACAAAAGAAUUGAGACUUACUAUGAUAAAAAAUGGUACCUCAAGAUGUAUAUAUGGAAAAUGUAGAUAUUGCCAUUUCAGUAAAACAGUUUGCCCUGAUAAAAAUGGAGAAAUUGAAGGAGCCACUAUAUUACUUUUAAAUAAAAAAUUCCAGACUCAUGUAUCACCGUGGCGACGCUCAUAUAACAGCAAGAAAAUGAGCUGGGAAACAGAAAAUAACUUUUGUGUAAAAGUUAUGAACACACUAAACUUGAAGCGAAUACUAAAUCUAGUAGACGUUUCAUUAUUUGAUUUUCUUAUUCAAAAUGGAGAUCGACAUCACUAUGAAGUUUACAAAGAUAGAAUAAUGCUCUUUGAUAAUGGCAAAGGCUUAGGAAAUCCGACGGUUGAUGAAUUAGAUAUAUUAGCUCCACUUUAUCAGUGCUGUGUGAUGACAUAUUCAACAUGGCGACAUCUCGAAAUGCUUUCUGGAGGGAUCUUAACGGAAACAAUAAAGAUACUCUCAUCCUUUCAAGGUUUUAAAUUGGCGACAGAAGAUCAUUACAAAGCAGUUGAAAGGAGGUUAUUGAAGAUUUAUGCAACUGUACAGUAUUGUAUAGGAAAACAUGGCAGCGCCAAAGUAUUCAAAAUAAGUUAAAGUAGAAAAAUAUUUAAUAAGUAGAUUUAUUUCUAUAAAUUGUUGUUUUAAUAAUUUUAACUAAUAGUAAUCUAUUACUUUUUCAGUCACCACUAAAUAGAUCUUGCCACCAAAAUGAACUGUUAACUAAUUUAUAAAAUUGCAUAGCAGUACUUAAGCAUAUAGUUUUUAGAUUUUUUGUUGUCAAAACGGUUAUGUGUUCCAGGAGGAGCAUACUAUAGGUAGCUUUUAUCUCGAAAAUGAAUUCCUAAGAGUAUGAACACGCACAUCCUAGUGUGUAAGUUUUUAAAAUCUAUAUGUGACAUAAAAUGUAAUAUUGGCAUUCUUGGAUAGUACAAGGGUUGGGCAGCUAAAGUUUGCUCUGAAUGAAAUUGUGGUAAGUAGAGAUAGGAUUGUUGGAUUUUGGAAUAAGGACAAUCAAAUUUUUUUUUCUAUGUAUACAUUUUUUUACUUAGGCAUCUGUAGAUAUUAUAAGAAAAUAUUUAGAAAUUAAUCAUAUAAAUUAUAUAAUUAAACCAAGAAAAGACAAGAUGUGAUCCUAAUCCAAUAUAUAUACAUAUUAUUUUAUAUUACAUUUUCAAGAUAAAAUGUAUAAUCACAGAAGUAGCAUUUGGCCUAAUCAAAAACAAUGUUGCAGGUUUCGUUUUUUAUUCCAUUGUUUAUGUAUUGUCGAAGAUAAAGUUAAUAAGAGUCAAAAAAAGAAAAAUUACAUUCAAAUAAAAUUUCAU